UUUAGGUUUAGAAAUACAAAAUGAAAAUACACUGAAAAUACAUCUUCUACCUCAUAUAUAAGAUCAAAACGAGAUUUGAAAAAUGCUAAUCUACCCCCAUCAUGCCCACAGCUCUCACUCGAAACUGUCUGACUAUCCGCCAGCAACGGUGCCAGCAGUUAGAUAAAACCGUUAAAAAAAUCCUUCACCAACUAAUCCAUUGUUGUCGCACUGUCAGCGACGAUGAUGAUGAUGACGACGAGGACAACCUCUCUAUCCACUCUUCAGCCUCACCAUCUGAUCAGAGCAUCAGCUCCCGCUAGUUCUGACAGCACAGGUAAUCAUAGUGUAUCGAUGUCGGUAUCUUCUAU